UUUAAAAUGAACUGAUGCAAACAUCAACUAACAACCCCUUUAAGGCUGUUAAGUGUAACACUCUCGUGUACAAGGAGAUCGAGGAGGAGAUCGAAACAAAUGCCAACGACGUCUUCCAGCGAAUCCAAAGACCGGAACGCCGAUCCGUCCCGGUCACCGCUCAUUUCGGCGGCAGAGAAGCCCACCGGAGAGUCGUCAAAGUCGGAGAAGCUAUGCAUCGAUGAGAUGCUGCAGAGGUACUGCGGCGAAUUCGGGCGCUGGCAGCUGAAGCACUUCAUCUUAACGAGCCUGGCGUGGGCGCUGGAGGCGUUCCACACGAUGGUGAUCAUAUUCGCGGACCGCGAGCCGGAGUGGCGGUGCCUCGACGGCCCGGCCGGGUUACGGUGCGACCCGGCCGCGAAGAGCGUGUGCCGGCUCGAACCGGGCUCUUGGAAGUGGGUCGGGGACUCCACGGUGGCGGAGUGGGACUUGUUUUGCGGUGACAAGUUUAAGGUUGGGCUGGUUCAGGCCGUCUUCUUCGGCGGCUGCAUGAUCGGUGCUGGAAUAUUUGGUCACCUCUCAGACUCAUUCCUCGGAAGAAAAGGCUCACUCACAGUGGUCUGUGCCCUAAACACCGUGUUUGGCACCUUAACAGCCUUCUCCCCCAACUACUCCUUCUACGUCCUCUUCCGCCUCCUCACCGGCUGCAGCACCGGUGGCGUCGGCCUCUGCGCCUUCGUCCUCGCCACCGAGCCGGUGGGCCCCAAAAUGCGGGGUGCAGUUGGCAUGUCCACCUUCUACUUCUUCUCCUCCGGCAUCGCCCUCCUCUCCGUCCUUGCCUACAUCUUCCCCGCAUGGCGCAAUCUCUACAUUGCCUCCUCCAUCCCCUCCCUCCUCUUCCUCGUCUUCGUCCUCCCCUUUAUCUCAGAGUCCCCGAGAUGGUACCUCGUACGAGGAAGAAAAUCGGAGGCCAUGAAAAUCAUGUCCACCAUUGCCACCUCCAACGGUAACAACCUUCCACGAGGUGUUGUUCUCACCCUCGACGACCAACCACCACUACUACCUUCGUCACCAUUAUCAUGUCAUGUGUCACAUGUAGAACAUUCCGACACAUGCAUGAAAGAACAACAUUUGUUUGAAAAUAUUAAUCCCCUAAAUAGAUAUCAGUCAUCAUGUCACGUGGCAGUGACGGGAUCUCUACUUGACGUUAUCCGCACGCCAAUGACACGUGCGCGAUUAGUCCUUGCUAUUGUUAUCAACUUCUUAUGCUCGGUGGUGUACUAUGGCUUGAGCCUCAACGUGGUGAACCUAGAGACCAACCUCUACCUCACCGUGAUCCUCAACGCCGUCGCGGAGAUGCCGGCGUUUAUGAUAACGGCACUCUUACUCGACCGGUGGGGGAGGAAGCCGUUAACCAUAGGAACCUUAUGGUUCAGCGGCGCGUUUUGCUUGGCGGGGAGUUUGGUGAACAACGUUGGGGUGUGGAAAGGUGUGAGAAUGGUGUGUGGGAUUUUGGGAAUUUUUGGGAUGGCGGGGACUUAUAAUUUGUUGUUUAUUUACACGGCGGAGCUGUUCCCGACGGUGGUGAGGAACGCCGCGCUCGGCUGCGCCACGCAGGCGGCGCAGAUGGGGGCCAUAUUGGCGCCUCUGGUCGUCGUUUUGGGAGGGUCGUUGCCGUUUAUGGUGUUUGCUCUGUGCGGAAUAGGUGGUGGCGUUUUCGCGUUUUAUCUGCCAGAGACGCUGAAUCAACCUCUCUAUGAUACGUUAACGGGAAUGGAGGCCAAGGAAAGUAAUGCUACCUCAACCAAUGUAUGACGGUGCUUUCAUUUUUAUUUUUCGACCUUUUGUUGUUAAAGUUUUUUUUUGUUUUACAAAAUAAUGUAUCACAUGUUACAUGUUAUUACAUAUAUUUUUUGUUUUGGUUGGAAUAUAUGUAUCAGUCUAUCUUUUAUUAUUGUAA